CAACAGUUUCUGAAGGGAUUAAAGCAAAGAAAAUGAGGAUUAUUAUUUUUUCCUGGCACUUUCUGGGACUGUAUUCUGCCCUGUGGGGUCUGGCGACAGGGGCUUUCCCCAGCUCGGUGCAGAUAGGUGGGUUGUUCAUUAGGAAUACUGAUCAGGAGUAUACAGCUUUUCGACUAGCUAUCUUCCUUCACAACACCAGCCCUAAUGCUACGGAAGCGCCCUUUAACCUGGUCCCUCAUGUCGACAAUAUAGAAACGGCCAACAGCUUUGCUGUCACCAAUGCAUUCUGUUCCCAGUAUUCAAGGGGGGUCUUCGCCAUCUUCGGCCUUUAUGACAAACGCUCGGUGAACACGCUGACGUCGUUCUGUGGGGCCCUGCACAUCAGCCUGGUGACACCCAGCUUCCCCACAGAAGGGGAGGGCCAGUUUACCCUGCAGCUGAGGCCGUCCAUCAGAGGGGCUCUGCUGUCACUGCUGGACCACUACGACUGGAGCCGAUUUGUCUUCCUCUACGACACGGACAGAGGUUAUGCAAUACUGCAGGCAAUUAUGGAGAGAGCGGGGCAGAACGGAUGGCAGGUGAGCGCCAUCUGUGUGGAGAGCUUUAAUGAGGCUGCAUAUCGACGACUUUUAGAGGACCUGGACAGACGCCAGGAAAGGAAAUAUGUCAUUGACCUGGAGCCAGAGAGACUACAGAGCAUCCUAGAACAGGCUGUCAGUGUUGGGAAACAUGUGAAAGGUUACCAUUACAUCAUCGCAAAUCUGGGUUUUAAGGACAUAUCUCUAGAGAGGUUCAUGCAUGGAGGGGCAAAUGUGACUGGUUUCCAGUUGGUGGACUUCAGCAGAGCUAUCGUUAUCAAACUGAUGCAGCGCUGGAACAAACUGGAUCAGAGAGAGUACCCCGGAUCUGAAAGCCCACCUAAGUAUACCUCAUCUCUAACAUAUGAUGGCGUCCUUGUGAUGGCCGAGGCCUUUCGCACCCUUCGCCGUCAGAAAAUUGACAUCAGUCGUCGUGGGAACGCUGGUGACUGCCUGGCCAAUCCAGCUGCUCCCUGGAACCAAGGGAUAGAUAUGGAGCGUGCUCUCAAACAGGUGCGCAUUCAGGGCCUUACUGGGAACAUUCAGUUUGAUCACUAUGGUCGGAGGGUCAACUACACCAUGGACGUGUUUGAACUGAAGAGCAACGGACCACGCAAGAUUGGCUACUGGAAUGACAUCGACAAACUGGUGUUGGUGCAGAAUGAAAAUGCUCUUUCCAAUGACAGCUCAGCAAUGGAGAAUCGGACGGUAGUCGUGACAACCAUCAUGGAGGGUCCAUACGUGAUGCUGAAGAAGAACUGGGAACUUUAUGAAGGCAAUGACCAAUAUGAGGGAUACUGUGUGGACUUGGCCUCGGAAAUCGCCAAACACAUUGGAAUCAAAUACAAGAUUUCCAUCGUUCCAGAUGGGAAGUAUGGAGCCAGAGAUCCAGAGACCAAGAUAUGGAAUGGCAUGGUGGGAGAACUUGUAUACGGGAAAGCAGAAAUUGCUGUGGCCCCUCUAACCAUCACUCUGGUGAGAGAAGAAGUGAUUGACUUUUCAAAACCCUUCAUGUCUCUGGGAAUCUCCAUCAUGAUCAAGAAGCCCCAGAAGUCCAAACCAGGUGUUUUCUCCUUCCUGGACCCCCUGGCCUAUGAGAUCUGGAUGUGUAUUGUGUUCGCUUACAUCGGAGUCAGUGUGGUGCUCUUUUUGGUGAGUCGCUUCAGCCCGUAUGAGUGGCACACAGAGGAGCCUGAGGAAGGCACAACUGAGCAGGGCCCUACGGACCAACCACCGAAUGAGUUUGGCAUCUUCAACUCCCUCUGGUUCUCCCUGGGAGCCUUCAUGCAACAGGGAUGUGACAUCUCGCCACGGUCUUUGUCUGGACGUAUUGUCGGAGGUGUGUGGUGGUUCUUCACCCUCAUCAUCAUCUCCUCUUACACAGCCAACCUGGCUGCUUUCCUCACAGUGGAGAGGAUGGUGUCACCUAUAGAGAGUGCAGAGGACUUGGCCAAACAGACAGAGAUAGCCUACGGGACGCUGGACUCAGGCUCUACGAAGGAGUUCUUCAGGAGGUCCAAAAUAGCUGUAUACGAGAAGAUGUGGUCGUAUAUGAAGUCCGCCGAACCAACCGUCUUCACCAAAACCACGGCUGAGGGCGUGGCAAGGGUGCGCAAGUCUAAGGGGAAGUACGCCUUCCUGCUGGAGUCCACCAUGAAUGAGUACACAGAGCAGCGCAAGCCCUGCGACACCAUGAAAGUCGGGGGGAACCUGGACUCCAAAGGAUAUGGAAUUGCUACACCGAAAGGCUCACAGUUAAGAACCCCGGUAAACCUUGCAGUUUUGAAACUGAGCGAAGCAGGCGUCUUAGACAAACUGAAAAACAAAUGGUGGUAUGACAAGGGAGAGUGUGGACCCAAGGACUCUGGAAGUAAGGACAAGUCGUCCCAGGCUCUGAGCCUGUCCAAUGUAGCCGGGGUCUUCUACAUCCUUGUGGGAGGCCUGGGCCUGGCCAUGCUGGUGGCCCUGGUCGAGUUCUGCUACAAGUCCCGGGCCGAAGCCAAGCGCAUGAAGUUGUCUUUUUCUGAAGCCAUGCGGAACAAGGCCCGUCUGUCCAUCACAGGAAGUGUGGGGGAGAAUGGCCGUGUCUUGACACCAGACUGCCCCAAAGCCGUGCAUGCUGGCCACGCCCCCCUCCGACACCCCGGCCUUGCUGUGGUCUCCUCUGGACUGCCCUGAAAACCAAAAACACCUGCCGUGCCUUAACGACACAUUAACAUAUAGACUGGGACAGAGACACACAGACACAUGGACACAUGUGCUUACAUACAAUCACACACAAAUCGUCAUCAUGCAUAAAAAAUACACACAGGAGUUAAAACAUGAAUACAGUUUCAGAUAAUGCAAAUACUUAUAUAAACACACACUGCACAUCAUCAUCUCACUCUCCAGCUGCCAUUGACUUCUUUUACAAGAAACAAGUGAACCACAACUGUGGAGCGAAGAGUGGAGAAAAACAAAAAAACAAAGGACAACUAUGACUAUCACACUUGCCUGCAGCGGCCAUUUAAUUCUUUCCGGAGAGGAAACCAUCCUGAUAUCAAUACACUGACAGAAAGCCAGCACAGACUGACCUGAAAUGAACUUUGAGCUGUGAACGUGACCACAAACCUGAUCAUGAUGAUGAUAGUGAUAAAGAUGAUGAUCACAGCUGACGGUAAAUAAAAAGAAACAACCAAACAACUCUGCAUCUACUCUGUCGUCAUUGGACGAUGUUGGCCAGUAAGCCACACCCCUUGACAACGCCUUACUACAAAAGACUGCAAACAUUGUUUUCAUCAUAAUCAUCAUCAUGGUCAUCCUAACUUGCCUGCAAAGACUGAGUGCCAGGUUUUAUCACCCUUAGAAGACCAGAAAACUGUAACCUUGAACGUUUUGACUGUGCAAACCCGCUACUUUUUGUUUUGCCAUGGACUGUUCCAAUUGAAUGAAAAUGCUUUCUUAUUACACAAAUAGAAUGAUUUUUCUCCUUGUUCUGGUGAGAUAAUCACGCCAGUAUAGAACAGAAGUAACCUCCAAACACAUAUGUGCAGCCGACUUCGGCUGCAGAAUUCACAGGGGUUUGUAAAAGAAAAAAAAUACACAGUAGUUAUUAAAGAAGUCCUUCAUCAACAGCAUCUUCAUGACAGUAGAUAUGCUAAAUAGCAUAGUGGUAAAGGCAAGGCUUCAACUGUAUAUUCAGUGAUGGAAAGAAAAAAUACAACACAUGGGCUGAUCUUAAAUGACUACCUAGCAAAGUGUUUCUCAUCCUCACCUAUAGGAACAUUUGAUGUUUAAUAAAUUGAAGAAAAGCCUUCCAGUAUAUGAAGUUAAUACUGCCUCUAUGUCCUCUUCAGUAAAUAUUAGAAGCAGUCAGAUAUGGAUAAAGGCAAAUCAGUGGAAAGUUCCCCAAAAAAGGGAUGACCAUAAAAAUGUUCAGUUAAAGGGUCAAAAUAAGGUUGGGAAGCACUGAUUUAUGCCCUCAGCUCUACACACUACUUGAACAAUAAAGAUCUUUAGAUACAGUUCGCUCUAAGUAAAGAUUCAAAUGGGCAGUUCGGUGGUCAUUUGAGAUCCCUCAUUCUUUUUCCAGUGUUAAGGGAUUGGUACCAUAUCAGAAAGCUUGCUUUUUAAAACUGUUGUAAAUAACUGCGUAGCAAACAGACCUCACCUGUCUUUUUUAAUCAUCUUAGAUAACAAUUCAUUGCAAUAAUGAAUAUAAAAGAAAAAUGCCACUACUUGUAAUUAAGAUCAGAUCUUUUUUAUAAAUCUACAUAUUAUAUAUAAUACAAAUAAAUAUAUAUCUAUACGUCUAUAGAGAACUAUAGAAGACAUUGAUCACAGAUUGUCAGAGGCCAUGGCAUACAUCCUGUUAUAUGGCGUUUUUUUUUUUGUUUUGUUUUUUUGUUUUUUGUUUUUUGAUAACUUGAGAUUAUUAAUAUGCCACCAUCUUUGUGCGUCCUACUCAACACUGAAUGUCCAUCUGGCACUCACAAACUGUGGAAAGGCACGCACUCACACAUUGUUGCAUACACAGGGUCAGCUCAGAGUGAUCACUCCAGCUCUAUGAGAGGUUUGGACCAUUAUUUUUAAUUUAUGCCUGUUUUUCACAAAUAGUUGUUCACUUUUUUCAUUAACAGUUGGUGGUUUUUUACCCGUUUAAUGUUCUGUUAAAGGGUCUGAAACAGCAUGUAGAUGCAGAUAUUCAACACUGGAGGCCAGAAGGCUUCAAGCUGGCCUCUGGACAGGAGGGGUCACUGUGAUUUCAAAGCACUAAGAAAACAGCUGUCUGACAUUUGGAGAGUGUAGCAUUUGCAUUGAAUUUCAUAUCGCCUCACUGCGUUUUGUUAUUUGUCUUCUCACCAGAUGCAAGUCAGCUACAGAUUGAAUCCGACACGAUCAAAAGCAGCAAGCUGACAAUAGAAGCAACAGAAUGAAAUCAAAAUUGAGCAGGGUUUGCACUUUUUUAGGGACAUAAUUAUAUCCAUCAGCAAUUACUAUACUAUACUUUAGCCUGUUUUGGCAUUUGGGAGAGGAAAAUAUUGUUGCAUUAAUAUCUGCAAACCCAUUAAGAAAAGAAACUAUGUAUUUUUAAGGACAAUGGUGCAAUUUUAUGCCUUUAGUUGCAAUACAGUUACGCAUAUCUAGAGAUUGUGCCAUACGACAUAUGAGGAUUAAUUCUCCUGUAUUGUCAGUUUUAAUUAUUAUUCUGUUUCCAUCGUGUCUUGCCUCCUGUCUCUAUAAUCUUGCUCUUUUUUCCUGCCUUGUCUCCCCUCUCCCUUCUCUCUGCCUCUGUCUUCCCUCCUGUCCUCUUGUAGACAGAACUCUGUACAAAGUGCAUCUCAGCAAAGACAAAUUACUUUCUGCCCUAUUACACUGCAAAAUAAUGGGAUACAGAUGAAUCCAAGACCCAAGACACCGACUGACAAUCCGAGUUUCAUCUGGUUCUUUGUUCUGAACAUUGCAGAGCUUUUACUUUAUAACCUUUAACAUUCUGCAAACAAAACAAAACUCAGAAGAAGUUCCAAGUCUGUGAUAAACUCACGCACAUACCUCCUCAUGCAUCAGCCCUGCAUCAGAUGUGUUCAGGUCAAACUCCAAAUGAAAGCUGUAUCUUAAAACAACAGGUCUCUGACACAACAAACCUCUCUACAGCAUUAUAGAAUAAGGUGGACAGUUUCCAAUCACCUCCUCUCAGCCCAGGGGAUCAUUGCAGCAGCACUGCAGCAAUCCAGCCUCAGAGAAACAGGGAGUUUCUUGAGUAAAAGCAUUUGUGCAGAGACAGUUAACACUGAUCUAGCCAUCACAACACCCGCACACUAGGCAGUAAAACCAUACACAAUACUGCUGGGUUGAUUUCUUUGCCACCUCCAGAUCAUUAGAUUUCAUGCAUCGACAGCAAAAAGCUGGCCGCUGGGCUGUCACCACUCUGGCUUUA